CACGUGAUAUGGGGACGGCAGUGUGCCGAGGCCGCCAUUUUGCGCGCCGGAAAGGCGCGUUUUGCUUCUUAAGCUCGCUUCCCUAUCCUGGCGGUAUCUCGGCUUCCUCCGGCCUCCCAUCUCGGAGCUUUCUCCAGCACACAAACUUUUCCUGUUGCUAAUCCCGGCAUCUGCGCCGCGGCAAGGCCAUUUUCCCUUCCGGGUUGACCUCUUGACCUCUAACCGAGGUGGGGCCUGGGGUGUGAGCAGGACCGAACCUGAGCUGCCCCAGGCCAGCCCUGGGCCCUAAAGCCUCACCUGUGGGCGCCUCACGCCAGGUCUUGGCUUUAAUAUCCGAAUGCUGACCCUGUCGCGUCCCUCUCAGCGUUAACUCCCAACUUGCCCCGCAGGAGCCCUGCACAGCCCCAGGGCACACGUCUGCUCUCCCAGUUAGUAACGGCGUUCCUCUGAGUGAGCCCCAAUCCCCGCCUCCAUGGGUUCACAUUUUAGCCCUGGAUUUUUGCUAACCCACUGCUCGGCCCCCAAACUCCGGAGCGCAACUCCAAAACCUUUAUGAUCGGCAUCUCCAAGAUCUUGGGGAAGAGUCUUCCUCUCCCAUCCUCAACUCCUCCCGCAGACCCCAAGAUGGCCGCCCCAGGGGCUCCUAUCCUAGAGCCCCCCAGCCCUCCUCCAAAAGCCCCUGCACCUCCUCCCCCACCCCUGAGUCCGCUGGACGGGGCUCUCCCAGCCCCUCCCCGCGGCCUCCAGGCCCCCAUUCCGCUGCCGCCGCCGCCGCCUCCGCCAGCCGCUGCCGUGGGGAUGGCUCCUCCUCGUGUCUUCGGCCUAGAGAAGAGCCGGCUCCUGCAGGAGGCCCUGGCGAAGGCCGGCCCAGUCCCCAAGGCCAGAGAAGACGCCAGGAGGCUCCUGAAGCUGCACAAGGACCGCUUCCGGAGUGACCUGCAGUGGAUGCUCUUCUGCGCCGACCUGCCGUCCCUCAUCCAAGAAGGCCCUCAGUGUGGGCUGGUGGCCUUGUGGAUGGCAGGCACUCUGCUGUCACCCCCCAGCGGCGUCCCCCUGGAGAGGCUGGUGCAGGUGGCCGUGGAGAGAGGCUACACGGCACAGGGAGAGAUGUUCUCCGUGGCCGACAUGGGCCGGCUGGCCGAGGAGACGCUGGGCUGCCAGGCUGAGCUGCUGCGCGGGGGCCUGGGCGGGCCCAACAGGGGCCUUGUCCUGCAGCACCUAGUCGCCGGACACCCCGUGCUCAUCCCCUACGACGAGGACUUCAACCAUGAGCCGUGUCGGAGGAGGGGCCACAAGGCCCACUGGGCAGUGAGUUCAGGGGUCCUGCUGGGUGUGCAGCACGUACCAAGCCUCGACUACACUGAGGACCCCGAGCUGCCAGGCCUGUUCCACCCAGUGCCCGGCAGGCCCUGCCGGCCACCGUCCCUGCCAGGGGAGGAGGCCCCCGGAGCCACCUACCUUCUCUCCAAGCAGGGCAAGAGUUGGCACUACCAGCUGUGGGACUACGACCAGAUCCAGGAUAGCAACCUGCAGCUGACUGAGUUCUCACCCUCACGGGCCACCGACGGCCAAGUCUACGUGGUGCCCACCGGUGGGGUGCAGGCUGGCCUCUGCGGCCAGGCCCUGCUCCUCAGACCACGGGACUCCUGCCACUAGGUGAGGCCGGGCCCAGGCCAUAGCCUGGCUGUCACCACUUAAUGUUCUAGGCCGGCGCUGCGGCUCACUAGGCUAAUCCUCCGCCUUGCGGCGCCAGCACACCGGAUUCUAGUCCCAGUCGGGGCGCCAGAUUCUGUCCCGGUUGCCCCUCUUCCAGGCCAGCUCUCUGCUGUGGCCCGGGAAUGCAGUGGAGGAUGGCCCAAGUGCUUGGGCCCUGCACCCCAUGGGAGACCAGGAGAAGCACCUGGCUCCUGCCAUCGGAUCAGCGCAGUGUGCCAGCCGUGGCGGCCACUGGAAGGUGAACCAACGGCAAAGGAAGACCUUUCUGUCUCUCUCUCUCACUGUCCACUCUGCCUGUCAAAAAAAAAAAAAAAAAAAAAAGAAUGUUCUAGUCUGACCCACUUUGGAUGGCCCCUGAGUUUGAGCCGCAUCCCUGAGGGCCUCCAGCCGCAAGCCCAUCCCUACAGCACCGACUGACCCCUCCUCUCCAAGGAGAGACACCUCAGACCCCACCCCCGGCCAUCCCACGUGGACAGGGCAUCCACCCCUUUCCCACGUACCACCUCUCCUGCAGCACGGCCACCUCACUGGACAGCUGCAGGACUGCUUCCCACUCCGCUGCCAGCCUGGCCCACUGCUCCUCGCCUCAGCUCAGGUUCUGCUUCCUCAGGGAAGAGCCCUUCUGUGCCGGCUGGGCGCCCUCACCACUUCCUGUCUCCCCCACACCAAGCAAUCACACGCUGACCUCUGCCUGCUGUAACAGCAGUUCCUCUGGCCCCGAGGCCGAAGCCUGGAGCAGGAGUCAUGGCCUUAGGCCGCGUGGCCGGCAGGUGGCAGGGUCACUGCAGCCAGGCCAUCUUCCUGAAUUUCACCCUGGUGCUGACCACACACUGUUCUCCCUGUAUGGUCCCACACGUGCACGCAUGGGGCAUGUCGAGUAGUUUGUGAAAAACAAGAUUGUAAAAUUUAUUUUGAUAGAAAAAACCUUUGAAGUCCACACAAUAUGCAUCUUCCAUGAACUUUUUGAAGUCCCCUCAUAUGCAUGGAUUUCAACAUUUUUGCACCAAAAUAAACUUACCUUUUAAUUCCA